GAGGCAUUCAUCCAUGUAGAUACCAGCAUGAAGAUUCGUAAAGCCAUGUUGAGGAGGGCUACUCCUCUGAGAGGGCCAUACAGGACAGGAGACUUGGUUUGCUUUUCUAGGCGAGGAAAGUGGUAUGGACCUGCGCGCGUUUUGGCGCCAGAAGGCAAGUCUUCACUAUGGUUGGUUCACUCAGGAGUCACAGUUUUGGUUUCUGAAACAGCUUGUAGGCCAGCAUCAGGUGAGGAGGUCAUGAAGAAGCAUGCGCUUGAGAUGAGACCGUCUCGGAAGCGCAGACGUGAACUUUUGAGUGACAGCAUGGAGGAGGAAGAUUAUCUUCCCUUCACAGAGGAUGGACAGCAGGCAAGAUCCUUGAGAGCAAGAAUUGAGGUACAAACACCGUUUGUGGAUGUGAAUCAGAAUCCACCAUUGGCACAACUGCCAAAUGCAGCGCCAGGAAUGGCUGCUAUCCCUGGCAAUGUAUCUGAACCAUACUCACCGACUGAAGCUAUCGAUACUCCCAGACUGGAACCUGACGCAGAGAUGCCAACUGAGGCACCUGCAGUGGCAACGGACUCAGAGAUGCCUGAUGAUGCACCUGGUCCAACGCCACCACCAGGCCUAGAGGAGAUAGCAGAUCAGCCGAGCACGAGUGUUAUGAGCGGCCAGCCGGAGAGUGAAGUGACCCCGGUGAUGUCACAACAGACAUCAGAAGUGACUUCAGAGGAGGAGACCAUUCAGCCAGAUAGGCCAGAAGCGACGACGACACAACUUACCCAAGCUCUUAGGCAAGGAGCAGAUCGCUUAGAUGGUGUUCCUCGUGCACGUUUGACUGGCCAAGAUGGCAGCAUGAAUUCACAUGAGAUCAACUAUGUCCAAGACAAGGUAGAUCGAUUUUUGGCGUUUGCAGCGACCAGGCAGCAUAGCAAGGUCAAGAAGUAUCAGAAAAAGGCAAAGAAGGCAGGAGCAGGCAGAGAGUUGGUUUAUGAGAAAGAGAGUGAAGAAAUGAAACAGAAACUGACAGAAACAAGACGCAAGGAGUGGGCAAAUUGGACAAAGUAUUCUGAUGGAGUUUGGAUAGAUGAAAAGCAAUUGAAAGAAUUACAGUCCAAGCAGCCAAGCCUAAAAGUCAUCCCAACUCGUUGGGUUGAAGUGGACAAGUCAGAAGUUGGACAGAAGGAACAGUUGAAAUCUAGACUUGUUGUGCGAGGAGAUUUGGAAGAUAGCUCUAGGAUGAGAACUGAUAGUCCAACAUGUUCCUUGACUGCUACAUCUUUGGCAUUGGCACUUGCCGCCUGUCGGGACACCGACCUGUGGGGCGGAGACAUUUCAGCGGCAUUUCUUCAAGGAUCCAAACUGAAUCGGAUAUUGGUUUUAGCUCAACCCAAGUCAGGCAUUCCAGACGUUGAACCUGGAAUGUAUUUUCUUGUCAGCUCCACAGUGUAUGGCACGAAGGAUGCUCCACGAGGGUGGUUCAAGAACCUCUAUCAGACCAUGUUGCAGUUUGGUUUUCGUCCUAUGCCACAUGAGGCUGCAGCUUGUGUUUUGAAUGGUUCGGAUGGCAGAUUGGAAGGCAUAGCAAUAGUGCAUGUAGAUGAUUUGCUUUGGACUGGAGGACCAGUCAUAGAGAAGACCAUGGAAUCAGUUUGCCAGCACUAUCGUUUUGGAAAGAUUGAGAAGAACCAUUUCAAGUAUUGCGGCCGGGAGAUCAGCAAGGAUGAAAAGGGAAUUCAUGUCACAUGUCCUCAUCUUGUAGAUCGUGUUCGUCCAGUUUAUUUGACUGCAGAUCAGCGUAAGGAUAAGGAUGGAAAGGUGACAGAAGAGGUUCGAGGUCAACUACGUAGCGUCAUUGGUUCACUUGCAUGGUUGGUUAGAGUUUGUCGUCCUGAUUUAGCAUAUGCCAUUAGCAAGAUGCAAGCGGAUGUGCACCAAGCUACAUACAAGGACGUUGUCUUUGCCAACGGCAUUCUCAAUCUGGCUCGGAAGUCAAAACAUGUUGGCGUAACAUACCCACUCAAAGCCUUCAAGUUUGAGGAAGCCAUGAUUGUAGGAGUCAGCGAUGCGAGUUUCUCAAACGAUUUUGACGUCAGUGAAUCUGGAGAAAAGAUGGGUUUUCGAUCGCAAAGCGGAAGAAUUAUUUGUCUUGGUCAUCAAUCAUUUCAACAUGAUCACAAGGGUCAGCUGAUGCUCAUGGAAUGGCAUAGCACAACUAUCAAACGUGUUUGUCGCAGCACUUUGCAAGCAGAAACCAUCAGCUUGUUACAUUGCGCUGAGUUGACUGAACACCUCAGGAUUGUCUUUCAUGGAUUAUGGCACAAACAUGACCAACGUGAUCGCAAAUGGUUGGUAACUGCACAAGACAUGAUUCCUGCUAACUGGUACACUGAUUGCAAGAGUCUUGAACAACAUGUCAAUCAAGCUGGAACUCACGUGGUGACAGACAAGAGACUGGCAAUUGAUUUGUGUGGUUUGAGGCAGCAAGUGUGGCGCCAGGGAGGCGAAGAAGUAGGAGAUCCACUUCUUACCGAUUUUCUUCCAGAGAAUCGCACCACGAAACUGACAUGGAUACCAACUGAGAAAAUGCCUGCCGAUUGUCUAACAAAGGCUAUGAAGCCUGGAGCGCUAUCUUUGAUCAUGAAUGGCCAAGAGAAUGAUUUCACUUCAAUAAAAGAACAUGGGUGUGAAACAUCAGAUGGAAACGAGCAUGGAAACGGUAUGAAGACUCAAUCAUUCCUUGUGCCAACAUGACCAUCCAUUCUGACCACGCACUGCCGUGGCUCAAGCUACGCAUUUCGAUGUCUAGCGGGAAAAUAACAGCUGAGCGGUUGUGUUGCAACGUAAGUCUUUGGCUGCCAAGUUUUUCAGAGAAACAUUGGAAACUGUGCCUGGAAUGCUUCAACAGCCGUGCAACUGGCACUUUGUACAGGAGAACGCAGGGAUCGAGCCUCACUGGCUUGGAAAGUAGUUGGGCAAAUCAAAGAGCGCGUUGUUUUACCUGAAGUCAGAAACUGGCAUGGCAAAGGAAGCUGUUGCGGGAAACUGACGCAAUGUUGUCAGAAAGCCAGCUGGCAAUGCUUCGAAAGGAGUUGUCGGUUCCUAUUAGCUGCAACAUCUCUUCUUCACAACGAUGGAUUGAUUUUGCUUUCCUUGGAUGUGCAUGUUGUGCAGAAGGUCAUGUGUGCAGGCACACACAGGGACUGGAGAGCGUGCAGGACGCUUUCAAACAACCGCAAGCAAGCAGGUAGAUUGAUGCUUAGAAGUUGGUUCCAGCAAGCUUGACUUGGAAACAUUGGAAACAUUGGAAACUGUGCCUGGAGUGCUUCAACAGCUGUGCAACUGGCACUUUGUACAAGAGAACGCAGGGAUCGAGCCUCACGGGCUUGGAAAGUAGUUGGGCAAAUCAAAGAGCGCGUUGUUUUACCUGAAGUCAGAAACUGGCAUGGCAAAGGAAGCUGUUGCGGGAAACUGACGCAAUGUUGUCAGAAAGCCAGCUGGCAAUGCUUCGAAAGGAGGCGUUGGUUGCCAUUGGCUGCAACAUCUCAUCACAAUAAUUGAUCGAUGUUGCUUUCCUUGGAUGUGCAUGUUGUGCACAAGGUCACGUGGGCAGGCAUACACAGGGACUGGAGAGCGUGCAGGACGCUUUCAAACAACCGCAAGAAAGCAGGUAGAUUGAUGCUUAGAAAUUGGUUCCAGCAAGCUUGACUUGGAAACAUUGGACACAUUGGAAACUGUGCCUUUCACAUCAUGGACAUUUUUACCACGGACGCAAAAUGGUCGUAAACCAAGUAGUUGGGCAAAUCAAAGAGCGCGUUGUUUUACCUGAAGUCAGACACUGGCAUGGCAAAGGAAGCUGUUGCGGGAAACUGACGCAAUGUUGUCAGAAAGCCAGCUGGCAAUGCUUCGAAAGGAGGCGUUGGUUGCCAUUGGCUGCAACAUCUCAUCACAAUAAUUGAUCGAUGUGUUGCUUUCCUUGGAUGUGCAUGUUGUGCAGAAGGUCAUGUGGGCAGGCAUACACAAUGACUGGUGCCACUUCGGUCCUGAUGUUUGCAGUCUGUUUGAGUCCAAAAACUACAGGCGCGCAUGACUUGUUUCUAAAAGGCUAAUGCCAAAGAGCAUUUGCCCAAACUCAUCAC